AUGGAGACCAGAGUCGCAAUGGACGAGGGCAGGUAUGCGGCAGAACCCACACAUCUUAUCAACGGCAUCCGUCAACUCCACUCUCUGGUACUAGAGGCAGAGGAAAGAUGUCGCAGGCAAAAGGAGGAGAAUGAAGAGAUGCGUCAUAAAGCCUCGAAACUGAUACAGCAAAAAGAUCAGCACAUUGUUGAGCUUACGGACAGAUUGAAUGACUUGCAGUACCAUCCAGACAUUCUUGAUGAUGACGAAGCGACUCAAACUAUGGUCAAUCUCAGCCACGAACUGGACGUUUGGGUUAAGGGCAGCUUCAGGAACCCGGACCUUCUUGAAAAUCUCCCACGGCUGGAACUGGUCCAUAUGGUGUACAGCCCACUACCUCUGGAAACAAUCGACAACUCGCGGAAUACGCAUCAAAAGUGGGCUUUUAUCCGGGCAUUCGUCACGUCAUAUCUCUUCUACUAUUUCUUUGACCCGUACAUCGUCGGAGUCAGGAAGCCGGACACUGAGUAUAGCCUGACUACCAUAGAGUCGGAGGUUUUUGACAAGUGCCCAGGUCAUGUGGCUGGCAACUGGCGCUCAGCAACCAGUAUGGCCAUCCAAUCUUUCGUCAAAGGAUAUCUGGAAGACGCGGCCAUGAAUUGCAUGAGAGAAAUCGAGCAACUCGGCUCUUGUGCAUCUGCCGAUCCCGGAGUAAGAGAAAAGAAGCUAUAUGAGCUUAUUCAAAGCUGUGUGCGCUUCAAGCGCCGCCUUGAGCGACAGCCAGCCCAAUAUAGAUUCUCGCAUGCCUCCUCAGGUGACAAAUUCAUAUCUGGGACAAUGCAAAGCGUAACAGGAGAAGAAGGAGAAGGCGCUGUCGUGGAUUUCUGUCUAUGGCCUGGAUUAUGGAAGGGCGACGUUCUCCUCUACCCUGAGACGGUCUGGAGCAGGAUGGAUGAAUCUUCCGUGGAAGACUAUCCCAGGAAUAGAAACAGCUCCCAUCCCUCAAUAUGA